UGUAGGAUCUAACCUCUUGACAGAUAAUGAGGGUAACUCGAAGCUGGAUGAAUUUGGCCUUGCAAGAUUUUCUCGAGUGAUUCACAACAGAAAACUUACUAACGAUAUGAUCACUUUAUGUAUAGAGCUUCUCAACAGGAAGCCAAUAUUGUUUGGAAAGAAUGAGACUUCCGUUGCAACGCAGGGGCACUUUACUGGUAAACUAUAAAAACGCAUUCAGAUGAGUUUGCUGCCGGCAACUGGGACAUGAGUACAUGACGGCUUCAUAAUCUCAUCUUCAGGGAUGCCUCUGGCUCUGAGUGAACAAAGAAAAAGCAUCAACCUAUCGUGGAGAUGGGUGGCCAUGUCAAAACACCACAGCACUUCAUCAUAGUUGAGAUUCUUCUUGUCCAUAGGGUCGGCAACGCUAUUGCUUCUUCUUCUUUGGUUAUAUAAACAGGCAAACCAUAGCCGGUUCGACACCGUUGCAGCUCAGUUUCUCUCCUUUCUCUUCAUCUCCAUUUCCAAAGAAAAAAAACGCUACAGCUCCCAUUGCAACCAUGGCUUCCAUUCUCAGAUCUGCAAGUUUGCCAUCCAGUACCCACUCGAACGAAAUCGACGUCGAAGAACAGCUCCAGACCCUGAAGGCAACCAUCUCUUCUCCUUCCGCUACCAUUAAAACAAUGGUCGAUGGUAUCUGGAGGCUUGGAGCAGUGUACAGCAACAUCGAGGAGAUGAUGCGCUCGCCUAGCGGCCAAGUCAGCCUUUGCCGGCCACAGCAGAGGAAAGCGGUGGAGCAAGAGCUUGAGCACACUCUUGUCUUGCUCGAUCUCUGCAACAAAAUGCAAGAGAGCUUUUCUGAGCUCAAGACAAGCAUCCAGGAGAUGCAGCAGGCUAUCAAGAGAGGAGAAGAUUCAGCUCUUCAAGCCAAGAUCCAGUCUUACGUCUGCUUGGUUAAGAAGACGCAGAAACAGUUCAAGAAGAUCAGCAAGAAGUCCACAUCAGCUGACCAGGAUAGCUGCAGGGUGGUCAAGCAGUUGGCUGAAGCCAGAGAGAUUGCUAUCUCAAUGCUUGAAUCCUUGUCAUAUCUCCUGACGAAGCAGAUUGCGAUUCCAAGUUCUAGCAAAUGGUCCCUUGUCUCCAUGACAUUUCAGAAGAGAAGAGCUACAUGCGAGGAGGAGCAAUUACAAGGGUUAGAGUUGGCCAUUGUUGAGCUAGAGAGCGGAGUAGAGACUUUGUUCAGGAAGUCAAUCCAGAGCAGAGUUUCUCUCCUCAACACACUCACUUUGAGUUCGAAAAGAGUUCCACCAACAGAUAUGGCUUGCCAUCUAAGAUCAAUUAGCUUGCCCUCUAGGCCUCACUCCGAAGUUGAGGAGGAGCUGCAUAUCCUAGAGGCAUGCACCUCUUCGCCCUCGAUGACCAUCGAGGCAGCCUGUGAUGGUCUGAGGAGGCUUGGAGACAUCUACAACUCCAUUGAGGAGGUUAUGUGCCUGCCUAGCAAUCAAGUUUGCUCCUCCCAGCAAAGGAAAAUGUUGAAUGGGGAAAUGGAAUGCUCUCUUGAGCUAUUGGAUCUCUGCAAUGCUAUGCAUGAGGACUUCGCCGAGUUGAAGGCCAUCGUCCAAGAUCUGCAUGUGUCUCUAAGAAAAGGAGAUGAUGCAGCUGUUGAAGCAAAGAUCAAGUCUUAUUUCCGCUUGGUGAAGAAGACGAAGAAACAUUUCAGGAAGGCUGCAAAGAAGGUUACUUCUGACAAGGAGGAUUGCAGGAUCCUGAGGCUAUUGAGCCAGGCUAGAGGGACCACUAACUCCCUACUCGAGUCAACAUUGCAGCUCCUGGCCAAGCAAAUUGUGAUGCCCAAACGUUCUAUUGUAUCCAAGGCAUUCCAAAAGAAAAACCUGGUUGGUUGCAAGGAGGAGCAGUUGCAGGUGUUAGAGUGCAACAUCAGAGAUCUUGAGGAUGGAGCAGGACAUCUGUUCAGGAGAUUGGUCCAGAGUAGGGUUACUCUCCUUAACAUUCUUAGCUCAUAGAUACUCCUCUAGUUUUGUCACUCUAGACACCUGCGAUUGGCAUCCGCCUUUUAAAGGAUCCAUUGAUCACUGUAUACUUUAACAUAUGUAUAGCACUAGUGUACAUAUAGUUGCCCAAUGGAAAACAAAAGUUUUGGUUCAAUUUAUGGUGUUCAUCUACUACU